AUGCAGCACGUGGGAGCUGGGAUCCGCACAGCGAGCAGAAACUCUCUGUUGGCCGCUGCAGCCCAUCCUGUUGCGUCGGGCUCACGAGUCUUUCAGUUUCAGGGUGUCCAGCAGCGCAAUGCUUCGCUGAAGUUGCCUCAGGUGAAGAGCCCUCUCAAAUGGAUUCGGGAGGCAUUGUCACCGGGUGUCCGCAUCAGGAACACGGAGGAGGAAAUCGCGGCUGCUCGCGAGAAGGCCGCUGAGUCGGGUCAGUUGAGCAUCUUCGAGACUGUCCCCACCGUUCCCGAAGCCGAGAAAGUGGUGGCUCCCGCGCAGAAGAAGGUGUUCACCGAGCACGAGUACUCGACUGGAACGUUCAAAAUCUCUCACCGCAAGCUCAACAUGCUCGGCCGCCAGAUCUCCGGGAAGCCUCUUGACCACGCCAUCGUGCAGAUGAGGUUCAGCGAAAAGCGGGCGUCCAACCGCAUCAAGAGCAUGCUCGCGGUUGCGAAAGACCACGCGAUUCGUUACAAGGGCAUGGACGAGUCCAAACUCGUUGUGUCGCAAGCGUGGGUGAACAAGGGCCCUAAGCUCAAGCGUUUGGACAUUAGGGGUCGCGGCCGGGUUGGCAUUAAGCACCAUCCUAGUGCGCGUAUGAAGGUCAUUGUGAAGGAGGGGCCGACGAAAGAAGAGCAGCGUGCAGCGGAGCGGGCGAGGAAGCUGAGCCGGAUCGUGUCCGCCGGUCUUGUGCGGGAGGAUGUGCCCCUGCGCAACCCCCGCGCUACGUGGGCGUGGUAG